GUGUCAUCUGUGUUGGAGAUGCUGAUGCUGGCUCCGCUCGUUUUGGCCGCCGAGAUUUCCGCGGCUAACUUGAGCCCGUCGACCGCCGCGACCGCCCCUAUCGAGGAGGCCGCGACAGAGCGCGGCUUUGGCUGCAGCCUUUCGGGCUGCGGCACGUACAACCAGUACACGGGCGAGUGGUCGGGCACGAACUGGAAGGGCGAGCAUGCCGCCGGCAAUACGUACACGGGCCAGUGGCACGCGAACGGCUGGGAGGGUUCGGCGACCGGCAACACGCACACAGGCAACUACGCAGCAACGGGCUGGCAGGGCAGCAUCGCCGGGAAUGGCUACUCUGGCGGCUAUGUCGCGCAAGACAACUGGGGCCGCACCCACUAUGGCAACUCUCACUACGGGCCCUACUACCUAGUCAAGGAAAAGGCGAGCGGGCUCGUCGCCGACCACGCCGUCUUCGCUGCAGUCGGCGCCGCCGCCGCGCUCUUCGUGGCGGUUGGCCUCUUGCGCCGUGCCCGCAACAUCUCGCUGCAACACCCGGUCGCCGGCGUCACACCGGCGCCGCUUAGUUUGGUGUGAGGGUCCGGCAAGCGCUUUUGUCCUCUUCCGCGGGCCCCGGAAUUGCGCGGUAAGAGGUCCAGAAGAGGUCACGCCCGUGAGAAGCCUUGUCAGCUUGAGAGGCCAACGAGAGAGAGGGCUACCCGACGCGGUUUGCCCAGAAUUUCACAGUGUGUUUAUUACGUGUUUCCGGCUGUGCGAGUACCCC